AUGAGCUCUACGACUACGGCGACCUCGCUCGCCAUCAAGCCGUGGACGCGCGACAAUACCAACGAGACCGCGCUCAAAGAUGUACUGGCACGCGUGAAUCUGGAACGAGGCCACUUUCGCGACAUCACUGAGGCUUCCCUACAAGAGGAAAUCGCUACAGAAGGUGCUCUUGAAACCAGCUCGAGUGAUGAGGAGGAGGAUGAAGAGGAAGCCGAGAGUGGAAAAGAUGGCAGGCCCAAGCCGCCCACAACAAGGGAGGAGCUGUUCGCAGCCAAGAUGAAGAUGAUGGAGGUUGCAAGCGUCGCCAUGAAUGAUACACUAUUGUCUCUGGACUUCGUCGCGCUUCUGGAAUCGAAGUAUCUGCCGCGACAAGCGGCUGUGAGUAUAUCCCCAUGGACAAAGCAGGGUGUGCCUCUUAGCACCAUGGGAGUGGAUUUGUGGGAUCAAAAAGCCAUGCCUGUGGACCAGGCGCGGGAAGCUCAGGAUGCCUUGCUGGCGAGUAAGGUCCGCAUGAAGACUUUGCAGCAGAGCGCGGAUGAUUUGCUGGCAGCUGCUACGAGGCUGCAAGAUAAUGUAAGGAAGGAGACUGUCUUUUGGGACCAAAUAUUGUCCAUCUCGGACAAGUGGAAUGUCAGCCGGAUACCGAGAACUCAUCUACUUGGCGUCCACUUCGGAUUCAGUGGAUGCGCGCGCGCCUUUGCAGGGCGAAACCUGGCUGCAUUGGUGGGCGAUUCUGAAGGAGCGGUGUCGCUGGAACGUGGAAUUGGCACCAGACCAAAAGCCGUGCGGGCACUGGUGAAGAAGGGGGCCCAAGUUGUUGGGAGCUCAAGGCUACCGACGCUGUCGGACGAUGACGAGACCACGCUCGAAGCGCGCAUCCGGCAUGCUAGGGACAGUGUGUAUGAUGAGGAGCUGUACCACGAGAUGAUCCGGGAGACGCGGAGCUUGACUUCAUUGGGCCUUUCGAUGAAAGGAUCUGCUAUCACAUUCGCAACAGGUGUGGAUGAAGCGUACACUAUGGAUUUGGAGUUGAUCUCACUCGACGAAGACAACUCGCUUCCUCUCGAUGCGCUCCACAGUGCAGAUGCUCUGGCGCAGGCAACCCUCGUAACAGCUCGACUUUUGUUGGGUCAGAAGCACAGGGAAAAGAUGCACAAGAAACAAGAGAUACCGCCUCCGAUCUCAGACAAGCAAGACAACAAGCAGGAUGACGUCUCAAUUAUGCGGCCUCUCGUGCAACUGUUGAAACACCACUCGACAUUGUCGCGCUUGAAUACCUACCUCAACAGCAUGGCAAAACUUGUGCGAAGUCUGCAUAUGACCGGUGCUUCAGCGGAAUGCCAGCCAGCUCGCAUGAGCUUACCUGUGCCUUCCAAAGACGCCGUGACUGCGGAGUUACUUAUCUGCUCUGUGCUGAAGGGCCUGAUCUCAGAGGGUGCACUGUGGGUGAUUGCGAAGGACGACCUCACUCUCGAGAUGAAGGUCGAUGUCGAGACAAAGCACGACGAGGCCCUUGAGCCGCAGUCCACAGUUCAAGCUCCGGAUGGAACCCGCAUUACCUUUGACAGCCUGAACGAUGCGCUUUCUGGCGCAGACGACUUCCUAGCUAUUGUGUUGGGCACUGCACUUGCAGAAUCUCUUGGUGGCAAUUGGGAGUUUGAUAAGCGCGAGGGCACUCUCAGCCGACCUCACGGCGGCGGCAAAAAGCGAGAGUGGUUGUGGUUUGAGGUUGAUGGGCGGCAAGAGAAGGCUGUCGUUCUGCACUAUAAGGGGCCGGAAGAGAAGAAGGAGGCGAGGUGGUCACUCGAGUCAACUGGGCGUUCGAUGGCAGAUUCCUUGAAAGAGCUGAGGGUCGACUUGUCUUCGUGA